AUGGCAAAGAAAAAAUAACAAAUUGAAGUUGUAGAAUUUACAGAGGCCGAAAAGAAAGCAUUAGAAAAAUUGUAAAAAUAGUGUUUAAAAAAUAAAUUAGAGAUCACUCUCAUCUAUUAAUUGAAAUUUAAGUUUUAUAAGAUCGUAUAGAGGAGUUAUAGAAAAAGAUUUAUGAAUUAAAUGAAAAUAUUAGAAAGACUAAUGAGUAAAAUGUAUAGCAUUUAUGAUCUUAUGUUUAGUUGGCGUUGACUUUAAAAAUGGAAUCUGACAUCAUAAAAAAAGAAAGUGAAUAUAAUGCAUUGUUACAGUAAUAUGAAGACUUAAAAAAAUAAACAACAGAAGAAAUAGAAAGUGUCAUACAGAGAAAAGAUGAAAAAAUAAGAUGUAAUUUUAUAAUUGAAUUGCUUAGAUUUGGAAAAAGAGAAAAAUGAAUAAGAAAUUAGACAUAAAGAUGAAUUAUAAAAGAUAAAUGAAGAAUUAAAAAAGUGGAGUUAAUAUAAAGUAUAUUAAAAUCUAUAUAUUUAGGAAGAGAAAGAAAAUUUAAUAAAGGAAAUUCAUGAUUUAAGAGAGGAAAUGGUGAAAAAAGAUUAUGCUCAUUUAGAUGAAUAAAGCAAAGCUAAUAAAAAUUUUUUAAAGUAAACACAAAAUUUGACAAAUGUAAAUAAUGCUAAGAUUGAAGAUGUAUAAAGAAAUGCAAAUAAAUUAGCAGAAGAAAAAGUAGCUGCUAAAUAUGAUGGAAUACUUAAGGAAAAUGAGAAAAUAAAGAGUGAAUUAUUGGAAUAUGAAAAAACUUUGCAAAUAUAUUAAAAAGAUAAAGAAACCUUUUAAUAGGAAAACAUAAACUAUAAAUUAAAUUUAAGUAUAAAAGAAGAAUAAGCUUAAGAGUAAAAAUUAUAUUUAUAUCUUUAGAUAUUAAAUGAUGAAUCAUUAACAAAUAAUAAAAAUAAAGUAGUUAAAAGAAAGAAUAGAAUAUUUGAAAUCAUACAUAGCAAAUGUAAUAAUAUCAUUGAAUUAUUAGGAAGUUACAAAACAGACAAAGGAAAUUGAAAUAAUGAAACAUUAAAGUAAUACCAAAGUUUAGGAAUUAGAAAUGUAAUUGAGAAAUUUGAGGCAUCUUCUUGAUCAAAGAACAAAAGAGUUAAAGACUGUAAAGGCUUUAGCUUAAAUGAUUCUAGAUCAGAGAUCAGAUAUAGAAUAAUUUUUCCUAUAAGCAAUCGAUUAAGUAAAAAAUGAGAUCAAGAAAAAAAACAAAAAUCAAAAGAACAGUCGCUUGCCAGAUAUAUCAUAAAAAUCUCAAAGUUUAGAAUAAAAUAAAGUUGAUAUAAACGAUUUAGAUUUAGAAGAGAAGGAAAAACUAUUAAGGAUUCUCUUUUCAAAAAUGAACUAAGGAGUUCCACCAAUAAAUUGGAAAUCUUAACUUGGUCAUGUAUAUAUAUAAAAUUUAAAUUUAUAAGAGUAAAUCUUAGGUAGAUGCCAGUUCAUUUAGGGAUAACCAAUAUCAGUGA